AUGUCAUCAUCAGAAGAUAGUAAUGCAUUGAAUAUGUCAGGUAUAAUCAAUCAAGAGGACCCUGAUGAUAUUAGGAUAUCAGUUGAUACUCCUCAAAUGGGCUCAACAAUGAUCAACCCAAUGGCUUCAUUGUCACCGACGACUUCACCAUCGCAGUCACCUGUACCCAACAACAUGGCAACGUCCAGCGAUUCGAUGUUUGUGAUUGAGGACGACUCGUCGAUGCCCCCAACCAGGAUCAACCUCAAGAUGCCUCACUUUGUCACCACCUCUGUCGACUCGGUGGCCACCAUUCAGAAGCCUACGCCCGUGGCGGUACAACCUACAUCAUCAUCAUCGACCGCGUCUGUCGUCGAACCGACGCUUGAGGAGCGACUGAGAGAGACGUCCAUCGAUGUUGCCUUGGAGGACGCAACACAUGGCAACCCGCUCAGACAGACUUCGACCCCUCUAUCCAACGAUGUCAUCAGUGUAGACAAUAGCAGCAACAGUAGUAGCAUGCCAUCAGGGCCGGGGACAGUCGAUGUUGCCAGUGGGCUGGCAAAGACGACAGACGACGCCGCCACUCAGAAGCCGUCGACGACCUCACCACACGAGCACAACCUCUUCCUGGGCAAGGUGAUAUUCUCUGACUUUCUCAAGAGACAUACAUGCUACGAUGUCAUACCGAUCAGUGGCAAGGUCGUAGUGUUGGACACGAAGCUCGUGGUCAAGUCGGCAUUCUACGCGCUGGAGGAGAAUGGCAUCAAGUCUGCGCCACUCUGGAGUAGUCAACUUCAAGAGUUCACUGGAAUGAUCACAGUAUCUGACUUUAUCGACAUCCUACUAUUCUAUUAUCACAAACCUAAAUCAGACAACAUCUUCCAGGACAUGGGUAUCCAUCGAAUAGAGACGUUCUGGAGAGAGAUUAACGUGGAGAGACCAAAGACAUUGAUAUACACUGAGCCCGAGACCAAUCUAUACGAGUCCGCGACAUUGCUUCUCAAGUAUAAGAUACAUAGACUGCCUGUUGUGGACAAGAAGGAGACGAACUCUAUACUUCACAUCCUGACACAUUCCAGGAUAUUGGCAUUUAUGAUGAAGAGUCUGCCGGAUCUUCCAACAUAUUUGUUGUCAUGUACAUUAGGAUCACUGGGAAUUGGAACGUUUGAAAAGGUUGUUACAGUGCAUACUGAGACACCUUUGAUCAAGGUGUUGGAGCUACUGGCCGAGAAGAAGAUCUCUGCCGUUCCCAUCAUAGACGACAAUGGCAAGGUCAUUGAUGUAUACUCAAAGAGUGAUGUAACCCUGAUGGCCAAACAAGGUAACCUGUCACCUUCAGAUUUGGACAAGCCUGUCCAUCAAGUGUUGACCACUUUCUCAAAGCUGUGGCAGAGAGCGGAACAAAUCCAUACAUGUACAAAGAACGAUAAGCUGGGCGAUGUGAUUGAGAAGAGUAUUAAGAAGAGAGUGCAUCGAUUGGUCUGCGUGGACGCCGCCAAGAAGGUGGAGGGCAUUCUAUCAUUGAGUGACAUUCUCAACUUUUUGUUGAAUGUAUCCUAA